AUGGAUUUGGCUAUGAUUUCAAUCUUGCUUUUUUAAUCAUUUGAGGAUGGAAUCGGAUAGUUAUUAACGAUUUCUCUGAUUGUUGGAUUUGGAUCAUUUGUAUUGUUACAACAGCUGCUUGUAUUUGUUGAAUGGCAGAUCGAUAUGAAAUACAAAUUGAAUUUGGUUUCAUCUAUGGGGAAGAUAGUGAUUGUUUGGAUUAUGGAUGUCAGAUUGAACACCAAUCAAAACCUUCUAAUACUAUUUUAAAUUUACAUGACUUAAGAAUGUUACAAAAGAAAAUCACUGCAAUAUUCAUUUGUUUUUAUGAUGAUUCUAAAUUUAUUCGAAUUCAACAAUUUUAUUAAUUUCGGAUAUGAUUAACUCAUAAACUUAAUGCAAAUUGUUGUUUGGAUAGUGUAAAAUGUUUAUUAAGGCAAAUGGUCCGAGGGAGACAAAUUUCAGCAGUCCUUUGCUCAAGUGUCAACUGGAGGGGGCUAAAUAUAACAAACCUUUGCCAUCAUCUAAGAAUCUAGAAGAAGCAUGCCGAUGAUAAACUCGUUGAAAAUGAUGGACGACGAACCUUGGCUAGAUUAGUAAGAAUAUUUAUCUAAUAAGUAAAUGGUUAUCAUACGAGAAGUACAUAGUCAUGGGAGCAGAUCUAAAAAUGAAGUUCUACAGUUUUGAUCUUAAAAUAUUUGACAAAUCGAUUGAAUCCACAGAAGACCAGGAAGAAAUAGUGAAUCUCCUAUUGGAUUAAGGAGUAAAGUUUAUAUCGAGACUAGACAACAGUCAGCAAUCUCUAGUGUCUUAAAAAGGAGUUGUGACUUUGAGGUAGGUGUUGGAGAAUCAGUUGUAAACUCAGAUUAAUUCUGAUUAUUAUUAUUAGACAUUCCAGAUGCAAGGACAAGCCUUGGACAUUCAGAAGUAUCUGAUUAAUGUCUUUGGUCUGAUGGGCAGAAGGUAAAUGUAUUAUGUGAUGCAUUUUCAACUUGUUCCAAAACUCACCAUUGAGAUCAACAACAACAUUUUCGACAUGUGCAAAUCCCUAUCUCACGAACUCGGAACCAAUCUCAAUUGCAUACAAAGCUUAUCCGAAAUAGCCUUAUAAAAGUCCUCGAUCGCUCAAGAUAUCAAAGACAACAUUAUUUAGCCUAUCCUAUCCAAUAGUCAGUAAUUGAAUUUAAUCAUCUCCAACAUCAGAGAUUAUAGUUCAAUUGAAACUGAUCAAUUCUAUCUGAGCUUAUCAACAUUCAACGUUCGUGAGUAAAUCCAAGCGAUCGUGGACUUCUUCCAACCUACUUGUCAAUAAAAAGGAAUCGAGUUAAUUUUACCAGCAGAAUCUUGUAUCAUUCAAUUCUAAUACCUUAGUUCCCAUAUUCAAUGACCGCGAUCGAUUUCGUUAAGUGAUCUUUCAAUUAGUGUCUAAUGCUGUUCGUUUUACUAUCACUGGCAGUAUCUAAAUAUUGAUCAAACAGAAGGAAUUUGCCUAUGAAAUCACAGUCAAAGAUACCGGAAUUGGCAUGGUUAGCAUAUUAAUAUUUAUAUUAGGGUUUUCAAGAGGAGAGCAAUUUGAGGAGAAUCUUGGAGUAAAGGGUGAUGUUGAGAGUCUCUGACAAUAGUAUAGGAUCCAGUCUUGGACUCUUUAUAAGCAAUUUACUUGUCAAAAAAUUGAAUGCAGAUGAAGAUUGCAAAAUUCAAUUCACUUCAAAUAAAUCAGGGUCAUGUUUUUAUUUCUUUAUUAAAAAUAUGACUGAAUUCAAAGAUAACAUCGAAAAACUACAAUCUAAUUUCCACAGAACCAUUGUCAAAUUUCAAACUAUCAAUUCAUAUUAUGAAAACAUCAAUGAUGUACAAGUCAAGUUCAGCUAAGCGACUUUUAAAUCUAUUUUUAGUGGAUAAUCCAAUCUGGAUGAUGGCAAUCUCACUGUUUAUUCCAAAGAAUUCGAUGAAAACAAAUAGACUCUUCAACCUAUACAAUCGAUCAUUCCACAACUCCAAGAUACGAUUCAAGCCUAUUCGCUAAAAAGCACUUGUUGUCCAAGAGUCUUAAUAGUUGAUGACGAAUACUUUAACAUUAUGGCCUUAUAGAUGUUAAUGUCCUAAUACUCUGCAAUUAGUGAUAAAGCCUAUAAUGGAAUGGAGGCACUCGAACUCAUAAACAACAAAUUAGUCAAACCCUGUCACAUCUGCCAAAAUUGCUGUUAUUAACUAAUCUUCCUUGAUAUCAACAUGCCCAUCAUGGGUGGAAUUGAAACAGUCAAAGUCAUCAAAAGAAUGAUGCAAAAUCGAAUCAUUAAAAAGGUCUAUGUCAUUGCCAACACUGGCUUCAGUGAUCUGGAAACUAAGGAGAAGGCCUACGAUGCUGGAAUAGAUUACUUCAUGACUAAACCCUUGAACAUAGCUACUUUCAAGAGCAUAGCAGCCAAAAUAUUUCCAAAAGGAUGA